AUGGCUACUGAGGAUAACAUUUAUUUCUAUGAUCCAUCGCUCCCAGCUUCGAUCCUGUUUACGAUCCUUUACUUUUUUCCUGCGGUAUUCCUCUUCUACACUGUCAUCAUCGGUCCCCGGACCGGCAAAUACGGACAUGCCGGUUACUUCAUUCCCCUCUGCAUUGGAGCAGCGAUGGAGGUCCUUGCGUAUGCUAUCCGCUGUGCCAGCGUCGAACAGCCCGGCAGCAUACCGCUCUACGCGCUAUCAUCAUCGCUUGUCGUUAUCGCCCCCGUUUUCAUCUGCGCCAGUCUGUACAUGCUCAUGGGACGGUUGAUUCGAGCCGGUAUUCCCGAAGCCAAAAACCAACAGCGGAUUUUUGGGAUUCCGCCGCAUUGGUUGCCACGCAUAUUCGUCACGUCGGAUGUUUUCAGCUUUUUGACUCAGGCAUCCGGCAGUGGGAUUGCAUCUGCAGGUAACUGGGAAGGCUCAGAAAAGGAAGCUGGGACAAAUGUCUUGAUCGGCGGGUUAGCAUUGCAAUUGGCGACAUUCUCCUUGUUUCUUGUCAUCGUCCUCGUUUUCCAUCAACGUGUCCAUUCGUUACGGCGAAGCGUCGACGACAAUCUCAAGAAAGUUCUGAUUGGGCUGUACAUUUCCGGUCUUUUCAUUUGGCUGCGUUGUGUCUAUCGGCUCAUUGAAUUUGCCUUGGGCAUUGAUGGGUAUCCAUUUUCGCACGAGUGGUGCCUGUACGUGCUCGAGGCCUGUCCGAUGCUGUUUGCACUUUGCGCAUUAGGGUACUAUCACCCGGGAAAAUGGCUCCCAAAGUCCGAGUUGAGUGCUGGGUUCAUCCUUCAGGACCUGGAUAAGGAGGCGAACCGCUCGACGCGAUAA